GUACUUGUUUCUCUUCAUUCAUCUCAAAGGACACCGAGCGAGAGAGAGGAGAGAGAUUAUCCGAAGUAGAAAAAUUUCGAGAGAGAGAGAGAGAUUAUAGAUACAGAUAAAAACACCGCUAGUGUGUGCGUUUGUGUGUGCCCAAGGGGGAGAUAAAAGAAUUGGAUACACACACUGUAUAUGAUAUAUGAAAUACAAAUACUCCAUGGAGCUAUCAUAUCAACCCCAGUUCAGUCGUUUUGUGUUCGACCCCUCCACUCCCUCUGCACCUCGCAAGAGUGGAGCAAGGUGUUUUCCAUCAACUUCAUCGCUUUUUAAGCCGUUCUCUGCUGGUACAGGAACUCUCAAGAAUAUUGCUCAGGCAAAAGGGAGCCUGUCAAAAACAUCAGACAGUCUUCCAGUUGGUUAUUUUCGCAGUAAAGGAAACUAUUCUUCUGCAUCUUGGUGCACCUUCUAUUCAACUGUAAAGCAUAAUUGGUCACAUGAUCAUAAUCAGAAUAGAGUGCCAAGGUAUAUCGUUGCCAGAUCAGAAAUUGCUGGAACUGGGUAUCCUGAUGCUGCUCAUCAAUUACCAGAGCUUCAGUUGGUCUCUAAAGUUAAAGGAAUCUGCUUCUAUGCUGUAACUGCUUCUGUUGCCAUUAUUCUGUUUAUGCUGAUGUUGGUAGCACAUCCCUUUGUGCUCUUGUUUGAUCGGUAUAGGAGGAAAGCCCAUCACCAGAUUGCCAGAAUGUGGGCCAUUUUGGCUGUUGCCCCAUUUAUAAAGGUUGAAGUUGAGGGAUUAGAUAAUUUACCCUCAUCUGAUACUCCUGCUGUGUAUGUGUCCAACCAUCAGAGUUUUCUGGACAUAUAUACUCUUCUCACUCUUGGUAGAAGCUUUAAGUUCAUUAGCAAAACAUCAAUUUUCCUUUUUCCUAUUAUUGGAUGGGCCAUGUUUCUAUUAGGUGCUAUUCCUUUAAAGCGCAUGGACAGCAGAAGCCAAUUGCAAACGCUCAAACGAUGCAUGGAUCUUGUAAAGAAAGGGGGAUCUGUUUUCUACUUUCCAGAGGGUACUCGGAGUAAAGAUGGAAAAUUGGGGCCUUUUAAGAAAGGUGCAUUCAGUAUUGCUUCAAAAUGUGGAGUCGCGGUGGUUCCAAUCACUCUUAUUGGAACGGGAAAGAUAAUGCCCGUGGGAAUGGAGAGUAGGUUAUAUCCUGGGUCGAUCAAAGUUGUUAUUCAGAAACCCAUAUACGGAAAUAAUACAGAAGCAUUAUGCAACGAGGCUAGAAAUAUAAUUGCAGAAACACUGGUCAAUGACGGAUGAGGGUUACAUUUAAAACCUUCUUUUUGUCCAAAAUGAUUAGUUGCUGUAGGUCGAGAGCUUUGAAGUUAGAUGAAAGAUGUGGUGUUACAAUUAUAUACCUCAACUAACUAGAAGGAAAUUCUUGCCCUGCGGCUUUUAACAUUAGUCGUUUGAGAUCAACUUGACCCUUAAUGCUCUGGCGAAACUGAGACUUAGUUUCUUGUUUCAUUAUUCUUGCUUAGCAUGAUACAGAAGACCUGCUGCUUUUUAUUACCUGUAUAUCUCUAAAUCACCAGUAAUCAUCUAAAUCAGUAAUGGAUCUUUCUCAAGGAUGUAUCCUGUAUGGUGGGUGAUAGAGUCUGUAGUGCCAUAAUAGCAUCUGAUUUAUUGUAGCUGUCAUGUAAAAUUAUUAAGGUCAGAGAUGUUUUUUGUGUUUUCACAAAAAAUUUGUUUCGUAGAUGAAUGAAGAUAUUUGUCGAAGAUU